AUGGAGUGGCUUGGACACGCAGAACUCAACUUCACUCAUGCACCUUCACCACGAACGGUGCAAGAAAAGGAUGGCAAUGAGACCGACCUCUUGUCCAUCUGUGAAAACGCGACACCCCCAUGCCAUCUGAACCCUUUACUCUUCAAUGGCCACUUGCAGACAAUGUGGACUGCGACCAAGCCUGCUGGACCCAAGAUUUACUACAAGCGCAAGAUUUUUGACGCAGACCACAAGAUCUACCAUGGAACUUUCGCUGUGGAUUUCGCUGUUGAGCCUUUCAAGGCCCCAGAAGAUCCUACUCUGUCACGACGGACAGCCUACUACACCGAUGAGGAGUUUGAGAAUAUCGGAUCGGAUGACACCAAACCUAUGCUCGUUGUCCUGCAUGGCCUUUCCGGAGGUUCUCACGAGAUUUACCUGCGACACACUAUUGCGCCCAUGAUUGGUGAGGGCGGCUGGGAGGCUUGUGUUGUUAACUCGCGAGGAUGUGCGCGCAGCAAAAUCACGAGCGGAGUGCUAUACAACGCGCGAGCAACAUGGGAUAUCCGUCAGACAAUAAAAUGGCUGCAGAAAAAGUUCCCCAACCGACCCCUUUUUGGUCUGGGGUUUUCUCUGGGUGCAAACAUGCUCACAAACUACUGUGGCGAGGAGGGUCCCAACUGCGUUCUGAAGGGUGCUGUUGUCUGCUCCAAUCCUUUCAAUCUCGAUGUUUCCAGCAAGAUUCUCCAGGGCAGCUAUAUCGGCAGGGAGGUGUACCUGCGAGUAAUGGGCACUGCUCUAAAGGAGCUUGCCGCUUUGCAUGAAGAGGAACUGAGGAAGUUCAGCAAGAUUGAUGUUGAUGCUGUGAUGAAGAUUACUUAUCUCCAUGAGUUUGAUCGGUUGAUCCAAUGUCCUUCUUGGGGAUAUCCCACCGAAUCCGCUUACUACCGUGAUGCGUCAUCAGCCGACGCCAUCUUAUCCAUUGAGAUUCCUUUCUUGGCUAUCCACUCGACUGACGAUCCUAUUGCUGUCAAGGAAGCCAUUCCCUACGAGGAGUUCAAGCAGAACCCCAACACAGUCCUUCUCACCUCUAGUCUUGGAGGGCAUUUGUGUUGGUUUGAGUCAUCGGGAGGUCGCUGGUUCACAAAGCCUGUUGCGAACUUCUUCAAUCACUUGGCCUUCAAGACCGACCCUGAGAGCCUCAAGCCUCAAGCCAACCCCAACAAUAGUGAUUUGGCUGACGGGCAUGGCUAUGUCCCCAUGCGACGUAAGCUGGUCAUCCUUGAAGAUUAG